GAGGCAUCGGGUAUGUAUACAACAGCCAGGAAACAAACUUGCUCGAAUACUCAUAUAGCAGCGAUGUACACCGCGCCGUAGUAUCGCUGCGGCCAGGAGCCCGGGCGACUUGUCUGUCAGAGGUGGGGAAGCGGCGUGUAGUCACACGGAUUAACUGACUGCUGAGCGUGCGCGUGAAGAUGAACAUUCUACCCAAGAAGAGUUGGCACGUGCGCAACAAGGACAACGUCGCGCGGGUGCGGAAGGACGAGGCUCAGGCCGCGGAGGAGGAGCGCGUGCGGAAGAAGAGGGCGGAGCUCGCAGAGCAGGAGGCACGCACUGAUUUCCUGCGUAAAAAGGCUCGCCUGUCGUUACCAGACACAUCCAGCAGGACAGCGGUGGUGGAAGUAAGCCAAGAUUCCGGCCAUGUUAACUUCUUCCAAGCUGUGGAGGAAGGCAAAGGGACCAACCGCGGAAACAAAGAGUACGAGGAAGAGAAACGGAAAGAAAAGGAACGCCAAGAAAAAGCUUUAGGAAUUCUCACAUACUUGGGACAAAGUGCAUCAGAAGCCCAGACCUGUCGUCCUUGGUACCAGGAGGCCCCAUCCCGUUCCAGGAAGGAAAGUGAGGAUACUAUAAAGGAUGAGAAGCUGAAAGGAAAGCUGGAUCCUAUGAAUGAAGUGGAAAAAUACCUGCAGAAGAAAACUGGAGAAAAAAGAAAAUACUCAGAAAGAAAAGAGCUUAAAAAAAGGAAAGAGAAAAGGAAUGAGGAACGGAGGGUAUCCACACCAUCCAUUGAACAGCUAAGACAAGAGCGCUUGAAGAGAGAAGCUGCCGAGAAGGCACGUGCCAAAGUUUUGCUGUCGGGUAAGAAGGAACCUCCAGAACAGGAGAUGGAUGACAGAAAGCGGCGAUACAAUUCUCAGUUCAACCCACAGUUGGCACGAAAGCCCAAAGUGCGGGAAGAGCAGUGGCGAUUUGGGGACUAAAUAGACCUCUAUCAGCUUAUACAUGUAUGUGAUGUCCGUUCUGCAGUUAUUCUUGAAUAUGUCCAUGUGUCUGUCAUCAGCAAAUAUAAACUUUAAUUUAUAUAAAAAUAAUUAACAUUUUUUAAACUGUUGUAAUAUAUGAACACUAGAUCACUUGUUUCAAUUUAAAUUUUGUAGCCACAAAGGUAGUAUGUAUGUCCACUACUGCCAUAGAAAGUCUAUAGUUAGAUGAUUGGUAAAACUGUUAAUGUUUGCAGUUUAGUGGAGACUGUGGCUCAUACAACCAAAAGAUUAGUGUGGUACUGCCACUCUGUCCUCCCUGAGUUGUGAUAUUAUAAUACAAAUUUGUAACUUCUGUAAGCCAUAAAGUUACUAAACCUUAAAGGAAGAAA